UAUUUGAUAUCUUGAGUUACAUCUAAAAAAUAUUUUUGUUGUAAUUCCUCUCCAUAUUGGCUUGAUGGCAGCUUAUACUGUUGUAAUUUCUCUUCUUCAAACUCUUGAUCAACCACAUAUUUCAGAACUCUUUCAUGAUCACAGUACUGAAAUGCUCAAUUCUCUUCGUGCUACAGCUGAAUAUUUUCAAGAUGUUCUUGAAAACACUAGCAAUGAGAAAAUCAAAUCUUUGGAGGAAGAUAUUAGAGUUGUUGUUAGUGAGGCAGAGGAUGUUGUUGAAAUGAAGAUUUCUGAAAUCAUCAAAGAAGAAAGCUGGACAUUUGGAAUUUUACAACACCAUGAUAUGCUACCAGUUGUUGAAAAAAUGGAUACGACAAAGAAACAAGUGAUGGAGAUUCUUUCUCAUGAUGCUGAUCAAAUUCUUGAAUUAACCGCGGAUUCCUUGAUUGGCACUUCUUCUAUAAGUGAUCCAAUGCUGUCAGAUCAGUUGAAAGAUGAUAUCGUGCAGGGACUUGAUGAUGACUUGGAGAUGAUAGAUAAAAGAUUGAGAGGACGAGAGCCAGGUCUAGACGUUGUCACCAUAUCAGGUAUGGGUGGCAUUGGCAAAACAACACUCGCUAAAAAAGCUUAUGAUCAUCUUCAAAUCAGACUCUAAAUCCUGGAUCCGCCACUGGUUACCAUCACUUGCCUAAUCAACUCAAACCGUGUUUUCUUUCUAUGGGUGAUUUCCCAGAGGAUUUUCAAGUUGAUACUUGGAGAUUGAUCCAAUUAUGGAUCGCAGAAGGUUUCAUAAGGACGUCUUCUGGAAGUCGUGAAAGCUUGGAAGAAGUGGCUAAACAUUAUUUGGAGGAUCUUAUCAGCAGGAACUUGAUAAUGGCU